GAAGAACAACAUUCUAUUCUGUAUAUACUCUCUACAUUAUUCUGCACUUUUUUGCUUUUUGUACUUCUGGUUAAAUGUUAAACUGCAUGUCGUUGUCUUGGUACCUCCUGUACAAAGACAGUAAAGUUGAAUCUAAUCUAAUCUAGUCCUUUAUUACUAUCACCCAGCUAUAAAGCAUCCAGGAUGAGAGACCAGACUCACCCAGCUGUGUGUCCAUGGAGGACCAUUCAAUAGGUGCCUUGAUUGAUUUUAAAGAUCAACACCAUGCAUUGGAAAAUAUAGUCCACCGGGGGGGCUCAGAGGCUACCAGCAUAGAGCCUUUCCAGCAGCAUCAAACAGAUCUGGAGUCCAUAUUUACGCUGCUUGAAGAGACCAUGAUCACGUUUGUGAAGAAUGAGCUGAGAAUCUUUCAAAGGGUUCUCCGUCCAGAUUAUAAUGAAGACUCAAAAGUUCCGGAGAAAAGGGAGGACCUGGAGGACACAGAGGAAGAGGAGGAGGAGCAGAGGAGGAGCAGCAGGGAGGCCCUUCUGAAGAUCACACUGCACCUCCUGAGGAGAAUGAAGCAGGAGGAGCUGGCUGACACUCUGCAGAGCAAAGCUGUUGGUCCUAUAUGCCAACAAAAUCUCAAAAGUAACCUGAAAGAGAAGUUCCAGUGUUUGUUUGAGGGAAUCGCUAAAGCAGGAAACCCCACACUCCUGAAUGACAUCUACACAGAGCUCUACAUCACAGAGGGAGGAAGUGGAGAGGUCAAUGACGAACAUGAGAUCAGACAGAUUGAAACAGCAUUCAGGAAACCAUCAGGACCAGAAACUAUGAUCAAAUGUAAAGACAUCUUCCAACCAUUACCUGGCAGAGAUCCUCAACCAAUCAGAACAGUGCUGACAAAGGGAGUGGCUGGCAUCGGGAAAACAGUCCUAACACAUAAGUUCACUCUGGACUGGGCUGAAGACAAAGCCAACCAGGACAUCCAGUUCACAUUCCCAUUCACUUUCAGAGAGCUGAAUGUGCUGAAAGAGAAGAAGUACAGUUUGGUGGAACUUGUUCAUCACUUCUUUACUGAAACCAAAGAAGCAGGAAUCUGCAGGUUUGAAGAGUUCCAGGUUGUGUUCAUCUUUGACGGUCUGGAUGAAUGUCGACUUCCUCUGGACUUCCACAACAACGAGAUCCUGACUGAUGUAACAGAGUCCACCUCAGUGGAUGUGCUGCUGACAAACCUCAUCAGGGGGAAACUGCUUCCCUCUGCUCGCCUCUGGAUAACCACACGACCUGCAGCAGCCAAUCAGAUCCCUCCUGAGUGUGUUGACAUGGUGACAGAGGUCAGAGGGUUCACCAACCCACAGAAGGAGGAGUACUUCAGGAAGAGAUUCAGAGAGGAGGAGCAGGCCGGCAGAAUCAUCUCCCACAUCAAGACAUCACAAAGCCUCCACAUCAUGUGCCACAUCCCGGUCUUCUGCUGGAUCUCUGCUUCAGUUCUAGACCAUGUGUUGAGAGCAGGUGAGAAUAGGGAGUUACCCAAGACCCUGACUGAGAUGUACAUCCACUUCCUGGUAGUUCAGUCCAAAGUAGGGAAUGUCAAGUAUCGUGGAGGAGCUGAGACAGAUCCACUCUGGAAGACCGAGACCAGCAAGAUCAUCAUGUCUCUGGGAAAACUGGCUUUUGAGCAGCUGCAGAAAGGCAACCUGAUCUUCUAUAAGUCUGACCUGACAGAGUGUGGAAUCGAUAUCAGAGCAGCCUCAGUCUACUCAGGAGUGUUCACACAGAUCUUUAAAGAGGAGAGAGGACUGUACCAGGACAAGGUGUUCUCCUUUGUCCAUCUGAGUAUUCAGGAGUUUCUAGCUGCUCUGUAUGUCUUUGUGACAUUCAUCAACGCUGGUGUCAACCUGCUGUCAGAACAGCAAUCAGCAUCCUGGUGGUGGCGUAAGCUAAUAACAUUCAUAUCAACUGAAAAGCCAAUGUUCCAGUGUGCUGUGGACAAGACCAUACAGAGUCCAAAUGGACAUCUGGACUUGUUCCUCCGCUUCCUCCUGGGUCUCUCACUGGAGACCAAUCAAACUCUUCUACGAGGUCUGUUGAAACAGAAAGGAUGUGGCGAAUAUACCAAUCACGAGACAGUGCGGUACAUCAAAGAAAAGAUCUGGGAGAAUCCAUGUCCAGAGAGGUGCAUCAACCUGUUCCACUGUCUGAAUGAGCUCAAUGACCAUUCUCUAGUGGAGGAGAUACAGCAGUACCUGAGUUCAGGAAGUCUCUCCACAGACAAACUCUCUCCAGCUCAGUGGUCAGCUCUGGUCUUCAUCUUACUGUCAUCAGAAAAAGACCUGGACGUGCUUGACUUGAGGAAGUACUCUGCUUCAGAGGAAGGUCUCCUGAGGCUGCUGCCAGUGGUCCACGUCUCCAAAAUAGCUCUGCUGAAUGGCUGUAACUUGUCAGAGAGAAGCUGUGAAGCACUGGCAUCAGUACUUAGCACCAAAACCUCUAAUCUUAGAGAGCUGGACCUGAGUAACAACGAUCUGCAGGAUUCAGGAGUGAAGCUGCUCUCUGCUGGACUGGGGAGACCACACUGUAGGCUGGAAACUCUGAGACUGUCAGGCUGUCUGGUAUCAGAGGACGGCUGUGCUGCCCUGGCCUCCGCUCUGAGCUGUAACCCCUCCUAUCUGAGAGAGCUGGAUCUGAGCUACAACCAUCCAGGAGACUCAGGCGUGAAGCUGCUCUCCGCUGCCCUACAGGAUCCACGCAUGCAACUGACUACUCUCAGUGUGGAACACGGUGGAGUGAAGAGGUUGAUGUCAGGUCCGAGGAAGUAUGCCUGUGAACUCACGCUGGACCCAAACACAGUGAACAGGAGGCUCUCUUUGUCUGAGGACAACAGAAAGGUGACUGAGGUGAAAGAGGCUCAGCCUUACCUCGAUCAUCCAGAGAGGUUUCACCACUGGAAGCAGGUUCUGUGUAGAGAUGGUCUGACUGGGCGCUCUUACUGGGAGGUGGAGUGGAAAGGAUGGGUUAAUAUUGGAGUGGCAUACAAAGGAAUCAAGAGGAAAGGGCAGGGUGACGACAGCUGGAUCGGACAGAACAACAAGUCCUGGAGUCUGUUACGCUGUGAUAAUAACUACUCCGCCUGUCACAAAAACAGGAGAAGAGUCAUACCCAUCCACUCGUCCUGUGACGCUGGCAGAGUAGGGGUGUAUGUGGACUGGGCUGCUGGUGUUCUGUCCUUCUACAGAGUCUCCUCUGACACACUGACCCACCUCCACACCUUCAACACCACAUUCACUGAACCCCUCUAUCCUGGGUUUGGGAUCGAGUUGAAGCCUGAAUCAUCAGUUUCUCUGUGUCAGAUAUAGCAGCAGGUAAAAUCACCUGUUGUCUGAAGAAACAUACACAGAGACUG